AUGACCACGGGAUUGCCUUAUUUUUUCAACGUGGUCACUGGGCAGAGUACCUGGCAGCUUCGCGUCGCAGGGAGUCAGGGCAUGUAUUAUGAUUAUAACGCUCAGAGAGACUUAGCAUACAACAGACCGUUGCAAAUUGAAUCUGGUAUCGCCAUGCCGUUCCAACCUUAUCCCGUGAUCCCUGCGGAGCAAGGGUAUUACGUACAUGCUCAACCCGUGAAUGUCAAGAGUACGAAUCACAUUGGAAACCAGGAAGAACGAGUGCAUGUGGAAGCUCCCAAACCGAAGGCGAAUUCAGUAUUGGCUGCUGACAGCAUCCCGCUGGAAGUCAGGUCUCAGCAUAAUAACAAGACUACUUCCGAACAAAGAAACAUUGCCAAGCAAUCCGUCAAUCCGAAACCAAGUGCAGAAAUUCAGGGUUCACAUUUCGUAAGUCCUGCUGCUGCUACCUUAGGAAACCACACCAAGGUUGUGCCAAAAAAGAAUCCACCUAAUGGAGCACCUGUGCCGAGCUACCAAACCCUUCAAAUAGCGAAGGAUGAUUCCAAGAGCGUGCUUGCUAUGCUUGAGGACGGCUCAACACAGUUUCCUGGUCGGAAGGGGAUUUCCCAGCGCAGUGUUUUGGACCAGGCAGCUCCAAGCGCACAAGGAGAAAAGUUCACGUCUCCCCAAUCGGCUGAGUCGCGCGGGAAUUGCAGAGCCUGUGGCAGGGAGGUACUUACCAGCCAAGCAAGAGUCUGUGAAGAAGGAUCCUACUUUCACUCUGAGUGCCAUGAAAUAUUGGUGGAAGCGAUAGAAACUGCUAAGAGAGAGGCACGCGAGAAGACGAUCGCACAGCUUCAUGCCAACAAGGGCACUGACAUGUCAAACUUCACUCGAACAAUCCAACAGCCGAUUCUAAACACUGACAAUCGAAGAGACAUGCAAUCGGAAGCAUCUAAACCUCAAAGCCGUGGACCUUGCGGAAUAUGUGGAGAGCAGGUUCUGACCAUUCAUACGCGAGUGUGUGCGGAAGGGCAAUACUACCAUAAGGACUGCUACGGGACGGUGGAACCUCAGAUUGUGGAUACGCCCCAAGUGAAGCAGGCUUCUUCCUCAAGCAUCCCGAGAACAUUGCGCGUGUCGAAGUCACUGGCAUCACGCAUUCCUGAAACGAUCAAGGAGUCUCCUUCACCCCGGAAGGGUGGCCCACCCCUCGAUGACUUCAAUGAUAGCAAUGAAAUGGCGGCUCCUGUGCCUCAAUCCCGUGGUUUCUGCCCUGUGUGCAACCAGGAGGUCCUUACAAGCCAAGAAAGGACGAUGGACGCAGAGCAGUUGUAUUAUCACCUCGACUGCUUCAACAACAAAACAGAGACAAGCGCUCAGUAGAGCACGAGUCCGACACCGUUGGACCCUCACGUUUGGAAAGUCAAUCGACAAAUGGAGCCCUUAAAUACUUUUGGUGCAAGCACAUCAACCUCGUAGACAGAAUACAUUUGUAUUGUACUCUCAG